AUGAGAGGGGGCAGUCGCUCCCAUGUGUCCCAUUAUAUCUCCGUCACCACGCGGCUUGAUGACGUCUCUUCUCCAGCCAACAUGGUGAAGAAACAACGUGGGGAAACAUCUUCGUCUCUAAAGAUGGAGAAACACUCGGAUAACUUAAAUUUGAUACUUGAGUCCAGCGACGAUGAGGCUCCAGAAGAAGUGACGUUUGAAGACUCAAAGGCUCAGGCUCUGAAGAGCAUGAAGCUCGCGCUGGAGUCCGCGAGGAGGGACAAAGAGCUGCUGAAAGAGAAGAGGAAGAAGAGACAGGAAUUAUUCCAGGAACAGAAGAAAAGGAAGCUCUUACCGGCCGCCGUGUUGGAGGAGAUCGACUCAAAGAAGCAGAAACCGUCUGAAGGCGAAGCUGAAGACGAGCAGCAGGAAGAAGGAGGAGAGGAGAAGGAGACGAAGAAGAGGAGGAAGAAGAGUGGGAAACUUGAUAAUGCCAGAAAUCUGAAGGGGAAGUACACGGUGCAGACGGUGAAGCACGGAGCGUCCGAGGCCUCUCAGCGUCAGCAAGCUGAGGACUUCCUGCAGAGCAGACUCUACGGAGCGGGGAGCUGCCGGACCACAAGUGAGUGA